AUCCCUCACUGUCAUUCGGCCACGGUCGGCUUCAGGAGAAGGGGGGCAAGCCAAAGCUCACUUACACACAUACAUACAAGGACUCGGGCAGGAUCAAAAUACUGAAGCAUAAAAUGAAACCGACCGAAUAAGGCUUGCUACGUAUCCCGCACCCGAGCCUGUUUGACGCGUUGCCAAGGUUCAGCGAAGCCCCUUCGGAUGACACGGUCCACAUUCGAGGCAAAGCGGUGUCAUUGAACAGCCAGGACACGUCAAGAGAAGGGAGGAGAGAAAAAAAGCUGACCGACUGCACUGUACGACUCGAGCUAUUAAAUCGCCUCCGCCGGCCUCAAGACAUCCUUUCAAGGACACCAGCUUGCAGUCAAGCCGACGGAAGGUUUCCGACAAAGACGUCGCCGGGGUCGGAGGUGGUGAUCGCAAGGACCAAAAGAUCACGGGGUACUAUUUGCGUGUGUGUGGGGAGCAAACAAAUGGGGGAUUACGGGUUCGGAGUCAUAGUUCAAAACAACACUGGCAACAAGUCUGCGUUCCCGGUCCGAAUCCACCCGCAUCUGCAGCCCCCACACCACCACCAAAAUGUGUCGCAGAGCCCUGCCGCGUUCAUAAACAGCACCACCGCUGCGGGGAAUGGCACCACAGCAGGCUCUCCCUGGCUCUUCCCCGCCUCGGCCACCCACAGCAGCGUGCAAGACGAAAUCCUGGGCGGGUCGGAGAAGCCCAAAGCGCAGCAGCAACAAGAAAUGCAAGAAACGCAAGAAAAGCAGCUGUCCCCCGGGAGUCACCAGGAGGGCGGUGGCGGCGGGAUCAUUUCAGAACUGGAAAAAGGCCGGUCGGAGGACAGCAAGACGGACAACUGCUCGCCUGAAGGCAGCACCGGGAAGGAGAAGCAGAUACGUCUCGAGUCUCCUGUUCUGACGGGCUUUGAUUACCAGGAAACAUCCGGUCUGGGGGGCCCGGUCCAGUCCAGUACCACCUCGUCAUCGCUCACCGGCUUCAACAACUGGUCGGCGGCCAUCCCGCCAGCUCCCUCGACCAUCAUCAACGAGGACGUCAGCUUCUUCAACCCAGCGUCGGCCAACAACGGCACACUGCUGUUCCAGAACUUCUCCCACCACGUCAGCCCGGGCUUCGGCGGGAACUUCUCCCCUCAGAUAGGACCGGCCGCCGCCCUUUCGCAGCACCACCCGGCUCCCCCGCCGCACCCUCACUUCCAGCACCCACAUAGCCAACACCAGCAGCACAGGCGCUCGCCCGCCUCCCCGCACCCUCCUCCGCCCUUUCCGCAUAGGAAUCCGCCCUUCAACCAGUUGCAGCAUUUGUCCAACAGUCUGAGCAAACCCCCAUCCCCCUGGGGCCCGGGCAGUUAUCAGAGCCCCUCUCCCUCCCCGGGCUCAUCCACCUCCUGGAGUCCAGGAGGCAGCUACGGAAGCGGCGGCGGCGGAUGGGGGGGAUCUCAGGGCCGAGAUUAUCGCCGAGGCCUCAACGGUGGCAUGACGCCUAUCAACUCCAUUUCACCACUGAAGAAGACCUUUCUGAAUAACCACGUGGCGUCCCAGAAGUACCCUCGUAACAGUCCCGCCGGCUUCAAUCCAAAAUCUUGGAUGGAUGACAGCGUCGGCCGCAGUGAUAAUAUCUUCCCUUUCCAGGAGCGCACCAGGUCAUUUGACAGCUUCAACAUGAACACUCUUGAGAGUUCCCUGAUCGACAUCAUGCGUGCUGAGCAAGACAACCUGAAAGGUCGUCUGGGGUUCCCCCUUCCUGGCGGGGACAACCCACUGCCCCUCAAUGCCAGGAGUUAUAGCAGGAGACGAGGUCAUUCUUCCCUCUUUCCGAUGGAGGAUGGAUUCCCCGAUGAUGAGCGUGGUGAUCAAGGCCUGGCUGGCCUGGGCUCUCCACACUGCUUUCCUCACCAAAAUGGCGAACGCGUAGAGCGCUACUCACGCAAGGUCUUUGUGGGAGGAUUGCCACCAGAUAUAGAUGAAGAUGAGAUAACUGCCAGUUUCCGGCGUUUUGGGCACUUGUUUGUUGACUGGCCUCAUAAAGCCGAGAGCAAGUCUUAUUUCCCACCAAAAGGCUAUGCCUUUCUGCUUUUCCAGGACGAAAGCUCUGUGCAGGCUCUGAUUGACGCUUGCAUCGAGGAGGACGGCAAGCUGUACCUGUGUGUGUCCAGCCCCACCAUCAAAGAUAAGCCGGUCCAGAUCCGCCCGUGGAACUUGAAUGACAGUGAUUUUGUGAUGGACGGUUCACAGCCUUUGGACCCCAGGAAAACAAUUUUUGUCGGAGGUGUCCCUCGCCCGCUCCGUGCAGUGGAGCUGGCCAUGAUCAUGGACCGCCUGUACGGCGGCGUCUGCUACGCCGGCAUUGACACGGAUCCUGAGCUGAAGUACCCGAAAGGAGCUGGGCGGGUCGCCUUCUCUAAUCAGCAGAGCUACAUUGCUGCUAUCAGUGCUCGCUUUGUGCAGCUGCAGCAUGGAGAAAUCGAUAAACGGGUGGAAGUGAAGCCAUACGUGCUGGAUGACCAGCUGUGCGACGAGUGCCAGGGGACGCGCUGCGGCGGCAAGUUUGCGCCGUUCUUUUGCGCCAACGUCACCUGCCUGCAGUACUACUGUGAGUACUGCUGGGCGGCCAUCCACUCGCGCGCCGGGCGUGAGUUCCACAAGCCGCUAGUGAAGGAGGGCGGCGACCGGCCACGUCACAUCUCGUUCCGCUGGAAUUGAGCGGCGGGAGGGCAGGCGAAUGGGUCGGCACAAAGGGGGAGCAGUAUGGCAAGGUAGUGCAGGAGUCGCAAAAUCAUUUAAUGAAUAAAUGCACUUUUCUGUUGCUGGUUCCUUUUUACUCGACAAACCUUUUUUUAAGUUCUUAUUUAUAUUUUCAUGAGAGAAAACAGGAUUUAUAUCUAAGUAUGUCCAGCAAUGAAAAAAAAAAAGUUCUCCCCAUAAAGCAUACAGUAUAUAGGAAAGUUUGAGUGUGCUAUGGUACUCUGCUAUUCAAUUGGCAUGCUUUUCUCCAUGUAUUUUGUUUUUAUGUUUGUUUGUUUUUAAAUGAGCCCCCUAGACAAAUACUCUUUGAUUUGACAUUCUCAAUGUUGUAGCAGAGCUCGUUUUAGAUUUCCCCAAAACGCCAACACGAAGCUCCAGUGAGUAAAUGUGAAUUUAGAAAAAAAAAAAAAAGGUGUUGCUGAAGAAGAGUGCACUUAUUUCCCGUUCUCGAAUAUACCAGUAUACCUUUAGUUGAUAACCAAAGCUGUUUUAUUAGCUUGCGGCACAAGAUAGAAACGCCCUAAAAGCCAAACACACUCACUCUCAGAAAAAAAAAAAAAAUCUUGAAACAUAAUUCCGAUCUCCAUCUUGACAUGCAAGAACUAAUACCUCAAUCUCAGCUGCUAAUGUGCCGGAUGCAGUUAUAAGACAAGAACAGCAAGUCAAACGCCUGCCCGUGUUCUCGUGCUUUUUCUGGGCGGAGCUACGAUGUUACUCGCACACUUUUUGUACUCGCUAGCUUCGUCACCACCAGUUUAUUUUUCUAACGGAAACCUACGCGGUCGUGCGCAGAGUGCAUUACGGGAAUGUAUGGCAAUGGGAGGCUACGGGCCCCCUCCCCACUCCUCCACCUCCUCGCUUUUAGAUCCAGGACCCAACCGCACAUCUGAAGAAAAAAAUAGGCAAAAACAACCAAGAAGCCUUUUUUUGCUGUUUAUACGGUGCUGCCACCAAUUAAAACGACACAAAGCUCUAUUUUACAGCAGCGAGUCAGCCAAGCAGUUCAAAUGGCCUCUUAGACCCCCCAGCCAAGCUAAUCCUACCCAGCAUCUAUGUGUUUUUGAAGCAUAACUGAAGAUAGUCUAUUACUAUACACUCGCUCGAGGAGGCCCACUCCUAAGUCCAGCAGUUUAGGGAACCAAAGAUGGUUGUGCGUUCGUGGGUCGCUUUGUAGCUCAUUUCGUUUUUAGAUGAUUUAAAUCAAUCUAUCACUUGUGUCCACCACCACGUCCCCUACCUGACCUCUCCAACCCAUGCGAAGGAGUCCAGAGAACCAAAGAUUGGCCUUAACAAAAAAAUGUUAGCAUUGCAGUAAAAUACGUAUACAUAUACAGACUUCCUCCUCUUUCCCCAACACAAACAUUAAAGUGCACAUUCACACAGUGGAAGUCAAAAGACAAAAGUCCUCCCAUUUUCAUAAGGGGUAGGAUUGCAUAGAAAACUUGAUUUUGCUCACGAGUGAGAAUCCUCAUAUAGCUUUUUGCACCCGGGAUAUUUUCAAACACUUUGUGAAGAAUUUGCUGUUCAAAUGAGAUGACAAAAUUAUUUUAUACACGGCCUGCUGAUUUUUUGGAACAGUGUUUUCUAGCUAAAUUAUUUUGUCAUGCACAUAUAAGCAUUUAUUAUGCACUACUUUUCUAAAUAUUUUUUUCUUUCCUUUUUAUUUCCGACAGUCAUUUUAGGCACAUUUUUCACAAAUAUGGGGAAACUCCUUUUUGCAAUACCUCAAUUUUUUCACAUUGUGAAAGGUAGCUUUUGUACUUUUGUUACUGAGAGAUCUGCGUAUAUGGAAACGUUCAUUUUAAAGAAGAGGAAAAAAAAAAAAACGAGUGGAGCGAUUUCAAGAUAUUUGAUAUUAUUUUCAAUUAUGCUUUUUAUACAUUUCAGUGCUGAGGACUCUUUACAACUAAGUGCGACGUCACAUCUGCCGAGGAGAGACCAAAGUGUAUCCGCUCUUUUGGUCUUCGUAGCUUUUCCAACACUCGAUGUUUCCACUUGGUGAUCAAUAGUAAUUCUAUUAGCAUGGCGAGAAAAUCAUUUAAAAAAACAAAAAAGAAAAAAAAAAGAAAAAGUUGUAAUCUUAAAACUUGAUGUUAAACAUGACCUUUCCUCUCCCUAGUCACUCCAUUUCCUCAAAUAGUGGUUGCCACUCUGCUGAGCCUUUUUAAACUUGGUUACUAACCAAAACAGCAGUAGUGUAUUACAAAAAAAAAAUGGCUUCCCGUACCAGCACAAAUUCACAGCCGAGUAAUCAAACACCAGAGGUGGGUAGAGUAGCCAAAAAUCGUACUCAAGUAAGAGUAGCGUUACUUCAAAAUAUUACUCAAGUACAAGUAAAAAAAAAAAGGUAUUCGAUGGAAAAUCUACUCAAGUACUGAUUAAUUCCUUAUAAUGAAACAUAACUGAAACAAAGUGUCUUUGGAAAUCAGACUUCUUGUAACCAAUAUACUUUGUUUUCACAGAUUCCUGUACUAUUUCACCUGUUUGUAGUGUUACCGCUGUACCUAAUCAUGGUUUUACACGUUGUGCAUAUGAAAUACACGUUAGCGAAUUAGCUAAUUAGUUUAGCGCUCGACGCUAACUGUUAAUAUCUCAAAAACAACAACAAUAAAGGCUAAACAGUACAAGAGAGUCCGUGUACUCACCUCUUAUAGACGCACACGGGUCUUAGCAACACACUCAGGACAUUUUUCAAUGGCGUACCGCAAGCAAUACGUCACUUUCGUUCAUUAAUAUUCAUGACAUUAGCUACUGUUGCUAACUAGGGAGAAGCCACCGGUUGUCCGACUGACAAUGACAUUCUCCUGUUACAACAAGCUAUCCUUUACCAUCAGCCCUGUCUGUCUCAUAUAUCCUCUGGUUGUCCUACGUCUCUUACCGUUCUUGGGGGUGAUUUAGUUAGCUUUGUGUAACGAUCGCAAAUGCUACUCAGUGACAGCCAACAAACAUUUUUAAUUUUUUCAUUGAUGAGAAAUCUUAAUUCUAUAAUUUAUUUACACUUCCCCCUUACUAAAAUUGUAACAGAAACGGUAACAGUGGCAGUCAGAUACCAUUGUAAUUCUUUUCAGGUCAUUCAUUGUCAGACAGAAGCAGUACGGCACAACGUUACGCAAAAAAAAUAAGUUAAAAAUAUAAAAAUGGCUUACCUCUUUGUCCUCUGAAACACCAUGACAACCCAACAAACUGUUUACUGCAUAUGAAAUGUGAAUGGAUUCACCGAGCUGGUGUUAAGUCCGCGCAAGUUGAUUCGGUCUUCACAUCUUUUCCUCCCGAGUUUUUGGUUUCCGGAAACGUAUGAAGAAAACAUCCUUCAUGUGUCGUAAUGUCUAGAGUCGUUUCUACAAGUUCCAAAAAAGAAAUGCGUGAUUGGCAUGUUCAUUUUUGAAAGAUUACCGGAGAAAAGUGGCACAAAUUACGUUGUUUUUAUGCGAGGGCGGGUCUAUAAUGUCCCACUUCGGCUUUACUUCCACUUUACGAUGCGACGUCACGGUCUAAAAAUAACAUGCGUGCGGUACGCCAUUGACACGACUUGAAACUACAUCUGGACAUCUGAAAGACGAGGAGCAACGAACUAUCUCUCUUCCCCUCUCGCUCCAAAAAUAACUUGCGCACAGAAGCGCGACUGCCGGGUCGCCCUGCCUGUCUCAUACACAUAUUUAUUUUCCACUCUUUUAAGAAGGAGUAAACCUCUCGCUCAGCAACAAGCAGCAUCCAUCAUAGCAUGGUGCGUGCGUCCGUUAAAGGUGUCCGAACAGCAGACGUGUCUGGAAUUUCGUUCCGCUAUGAGUUGCUGUCAUAAAGUUAUUAGGGAAAAAUCAUCGUUUUUGAACCUUUAUGUAGGGUGACCGUGUUAUGAUUUCCCAAAAGAAAGACACUCAGCCCGGCCUCAAGAUACUUGAAUUUUACUCGAAGUUCACUCAAAGAUGCCUAUAUCACUUUAAUAUAUUUAAAGUGUGCCCCCUCACUCUGGAUUGAAAAAUGCAGUUAGGAAAAAAAAAAAAAAGUGUAUAAUAUAUAUAUAUAUAUAUAUAUAUAUAUACAUAUAGAAUGCAUACCCAUGGAAAUGUAGUCCAGUCAAUACACAUACACACAGUAGGCUAUGUGCCAACUAAACAUUUUUAUAAAUUACUAUCACGACAAUUGUCCUUGACGAAUUGUUAUUCCCAUUCCAUUGAUAUUAUCAUUCAAAAUUCUAGAUUGCACACAAACAAUAACCGAAAUAAACUGACAAACUAUUCAACCAGCAUGUUUCCAAACGUAGCAGUUCAAAACUACGUUUCCCAUAAUGCCUAGCGUGGUUUAGCUUACUGAUAGCUAGCUGAGGCAAAAAUCAAACUUUGCUAUAAAAGUUUACAUUCAUCGGCAGCGCACCGAUGCGACACCAAACGGGAUUUUACAGUCAAAGCUCCGACAGAAGUCAACAGUUGCCAUUAUAUAUGUAUUUAUUGUAAAAAAAACUUAACAACUGGGCAGGCGUUGUGGCCAAAUCGUCAACCCAGUAGAUGGCGGUAAUGCCUCAUGAUAGGGGUAAACUGCCAGCAAAAACAAGAAGAACUACUCCUUCCCUCCCUACUACUAGGAGCCAUGUCACCCAGCGGCCGGAGGGAUUCUAUUCAAAUUGGUCCCGUGAAAAAUCAUAAAAACCGGACAUUUUUAUGAAUUUAUAAAACCCGCCCGGACGACGAGGAUACUACGUGAAAGUAGGACUUGUCCGGGCAAAAGAGGACAUUUGGUCACCCUACCUUUAUGAAUCGUAAUCGAAUUGUCACGUGUCGAAUUGCGAUGCAUUCUUUUAAUCGAUUUUUUGAACUCCCAUGUGUAAAAUGUUUUCCAAGAGUUUAAAAAGAUACCGAGUCACCGCGUUAAAUGCUAAUGCUAACGCAAACGCUAUGCUAACGCUACAAAUUAGUUUACUGUGUGAUGAUCACUCAGUACAGAUCUUUUAAAGGCUAAAGCAACAUGGCAUAUCUAGCCAAGAUAUAAGAAAGCAAAACUUACCAAGCAGCACCUGACACAUGUUUGACAAAAAAGGCCUGGAAUGGGCACGGGCUUACUCACCGGCCGCCACAUGAGUGACACGACCAAACGCUGCUAAAUGCGUGCUAACUACACAUACAAUAAGAAUCGCACAUUGUAUUGUGAAUUAUUGAUGAAAACUAUGGAGAAUUUUCAUUUCGUUCUUGUGUCUUCAGACAACACCUGGCUUCCAUCUCGUUAUGUUUGUCUCCCAAGACACAUUUUCAGCUGGUCAUCGUGACGUCUUCGUCAUGAAAAAAUUUUUCAUUGAUGAAAUAUUUUCGUUAUCGUUCAAUCGGGUCCGAUCACGUCAUUUUCAAAGUAUCGGAAUCGGUAAAAAAAUACGGGACAUGCCUUUUUUUAAUAUAUAUACACUAUAUUUCUUAAUUAAAUAGUUUUCUAAUUGUAUUUAACGUUAAGGACCUAAUAUAUUACACUCAUCCAGAGUCUUUAGUUUAGGCUUAAGGUAGGGUUAUCAAAGUUAACCCGAUAACGGCGGUAAUUAAUUCUUUAAAAAAUGUAUCACGUUAAAGUAUCUAACGCAAUUAAUGCAUGCGCUGCACGACCCACUAAUGCAGUCUGUUCUAACUGUAAUGGCCCCGUUUUACCUAUUUAGAGAGCUAAAAGGCAGCGUAAAAUGAACAGUGAAUUUUAGCAGCCUGUGGAGCCUUUUUUUAAUUGGCUAAAGCCUUACAAUCCCUCUCCCUACGAUUAGAAACAUCGUGGGAAGCAAUGUGGGGAAGAAAGGUUGUAAUUGAGCUUUUUCUUAACACCCUAUGUUAUUUCCCAACGCAGAGAAGAUAUAUAUCAUCAUGGUUGCACUUCCUAUCAUGCAUUUGGUCAUGGCUACAGUGUCAUUUACUGAAAGUUCAACAAAUCCACUAGAUGGCAAUAUUUAGUCGCAAUAUACAAAGUCACAUAUCCUUUAAGAAUUACAAGUCUUUCUAUCAGUGGAUCCCUCUCACAGAAAGAAUGUUAAUAAUGUAAAUGCCAUCUUGAGGGUUUAUUGUCAUGAUAAACAAAUACAGUACUUAUGUACUGUAUGUUGAAUGUAUAUAUUCGUCUUGAGUUUUAUUCAUUUUUUUUCUUAAUGCAUUACCAAAAUGUAUAUGAUCGGGGAAAAUUAUCGGGAAUGAUUGGAAUUGAAUCGGGAACAAAAAAAAAAGCAAUCGGAUCGGGAAAUAUCGGGAUCGGCAGAUACUCAAACUAAUACGAUUGAACGGGAUCGGAUUGGGAGAAAAAAAACAUGAUCGGAACAACCCUACUGGCUAUAUAAGUACUCUACAUUUACCAUUUUAAAUGUAACUGAGUAAAUGUAACGCGUUACUACCCACCUCUGUCAAACAUAUUCACUCUGCACCACUAACCACUACUGUACAGUUGAGAGAAUUAAGACCAACCAGCAAUUACAAAACUCCACUGUAUGAGGAAAUGGAUAAAGGAGGAGAAUGCAAAAAGAUUAGUUUGGACACUUAACUCUGAAUCUCGUAUCACAAGAAUGGAUGUUUGGUGUUUAGAUAUUUUAAUAUUUGAAGAAAAAAAUAUAUGAAUAUCUCUCUCUAUAUAUAGUAUCUAUAUUCUUGAACUUGCCAACUAGCACCUAUCGUAAUCCUUAGCAUGCAUGUCGAAAAACAAACAAAAAAAAAAGACGCGCGCAAGUGAGGUGAAUUAGCUCGGAAGUUAACUGUUGUGGUGUGCACCAAAUGUUUCUGGACUAAGGACAACCCUGACCCUCAAAAUACCCUCGACCCCUAAACCCUCAAUCUCCCUCGUCUCACAUUGGUAGACCUCAGCGGGAUGCGCUUAACACAAAAAGCGAAUAGGCAAGCGUGAACGUUUCAGAAACGAGCAUCCUUCAAGAACACUGUUUGAAAAAAUAAAUAAAAGACUUGACCUAUGCGGAGGAAGGGGAGCGUAAAGACUUGAAUGUGGUAAAAAAAAAAAUAGAAUUUUAAAAACAAUGUUGCAAGUUAACUUUCAAGUUGUUAUGUGCAAUACUUCUUUUGAACCUUUUUCCAGACGAAAGACUCUUUGCAAUGUAAUUCUUUCAAAUGCCAUUUUUAAUUAUUGCAGACAUUUAAUUAAAGAAGAUGUUAAUAUGUUUUUUCACAGUCAUUUUCUACUGUUUAAUGUAAUCCUUUUCAUGCUGGUGUUUGUAAAAAAAAGAAGAAAAAAAGAAAUCCAACUAUUUGUACUAAUAUAAAUAAUUGAAGUUAUUUUUAAAACAUUUAAAAAAGUUUUUGUGCUCAUUUGCUUAUUUUUUGGGUUUGUUUUAAGCUACUGUGAUUGAUUGCAUUGUAAUUACUAGGUCAACAAUGUAUUUAGCUGUUUAUUGGUAUAUUUUUAAUUGGAAUGUAUAAUUGAUUUUUAUAAUUUUGAUCAGAUUUUUGUUAUAUUUUUGAGGUGAAGCUUUUAAUAUGUUAAAGUGUCUAGUUUUUACUAAUUGCUAUAUUGUGCUCCACAAUAUAUGUUUCACAUUUUCUGAAGGAAAAUAAAUAUUUAAAUAUUUGUCUGUUAAUGUUACUUAAUGGCAAGAUUUCAAUAGUUUUUAACUGUGUAUGGGAAGGUUUGUUGUAUUUAUUAAUUUUUUUUUCCUUUUUCUUUUUUUUACUUCAGGUAUCACCUUAAUUUUUAUUGUCAUUUCACUUUAUAAGUUCCUAUUUUUGUAUUUUCCUUUCUAAUAAUUAAGUUAUGUAAUACGGAUAUGUCCAUAUUUCUAGGAGUUGGUCUGUAGAAGUACUAGUGAAACGAAAAAGAAAAAUCUAAUGUUAUUUAAUUGUUUGCGGCCAACUAUUUAUAUAACAGUAUGCAUAAUUUUUCAAUAUUUGUAAUGUGAAAUGUUGAAUGAAAUAAAUCUUAACUGUGAUGAA